CACACACGCACACACAUAUCUCUUCCUCUUUCUCCCGUCAGUGUCACUCUUUGGUGGAGAUGUGGAUCGUCCUACUGUCCCUCUGUGUACUUCUCAGGUCCAAUUCAGCUGAAGAAGUGAUGCUGCUGGACACGACAGAGUCCACCUCAGAACUGGGCUGGACCACGUACCCGGACACGGGGUGGGAUGAAGUCAGUGUCCUUGAUGAUCGCGGGAAGCUGAUACGCACGUUCGAGGUGUGUAACAUCAAUCAGAAUUCUCAUAUCAAAGACAAUUGGCUGGCCACGCCCUUCUUGUACCGCCACUCUGCCCCUCGAGUUUUUGUCACCUUGCGCUUUUCGGUGCGGGACUGCGCCAGCCUGCGAAGCCCAUUGCCCACUUGCAGGGAGACCCUCACCUUGUACUACAAGCAGGCCGACAGCCAGCGGGAACUGGAGAAGACCUGGGUGGCCGAGCCAUCCAGCAGUGGAAAGGACACCAGGGAGGGCUGGGUGAAGAUUGACACCAUUGCAGCAGACAAGAGCUUCUCCAAGGUGGAGCCCAGUUCACCUCAUCAGUACCAACCCAACAGAUACAGCCGCAUCAACGUGAAGACGCGCAGCUUCGCCCCCCUCACACGCAACGGAUUUGUCCUGGCCGUUGUGGACAGUGGGGCUUGCGUUUCCCUCAUGGGAGUGUCAGUCUUCUUCCGCCGCUGUCCGGCCACCAGCCUCUACUUGGCGUCUUAUCCAGCCACACUGUCGGGAGCAGAACCUACAGCCCUGGUGUCGGUGAGCGGGACGUGUGUCACCCACAGCAAGGCCCACGGGGGCAUCGGCCCUCGCAUGCACUGCAACGCUGAAGGCGAGUGGAUGGUGCCGGUCGGAGGAUGCACGUGCGAUGAAGGCUAUGAACCCAACAUUAAUGGGUCUGCCUGCUUGGCCUGUCCAGUGGGCUACUUCAAGACAAUUCCUGGUUCUGUCUCGUGUUCAGUGUGUCCCCCCAACAGCAGGACCAGCCAGGAGGGGUCCAGCGUGUGCGAAUGUCGCAGUGGCUUUUACCGUGCAGCCAACGAUGCCAACUCAUCCGCCUGCACAACUCCUCCCUCUGCUCCCGUGUCGCCGUCCUGGGAGUAUGAGAGCGGCGAUGGUGGGGUAUCCUUAAGGUGGCGCCCUCCGGUAGACAAGGGGGGCCGCAGCAAAGUGUGGUACGGGGUGGUGUGUCGCAUCUGCCCGUCUCCCGCCAUCACCAACCCAGCAUCCUGCUCCUGGUGCGGCGAGGGCGUCACCUUCAGCCCUGCCCAGACCAACCUCACACAGAGCAGCGUGACCCUGCACAACCUGCUAACCAGAGUCACAUAUCUCAUACAGGUGCAAGCCAUGAAUGAGGUGUCCUCCCUCAGCCCUUUCCCUGCUCGCUAUGCAAGCAUCAACUUCACGACAAGCCAAUCAGUUCCCAGUACCGUUCCCAUGAUGCACCAGCUGAGCCACGCUCCAGACUCCAUCACCUUGUCGUGGCCUCAGCCCGACAGACCAAACGGGGACAUCUUGGAGUACCAAGUCAGAUACUUUGACAAGGGCUCAGACGUGGACGGUGCAGUCAGUGUGUACAGUGAGACCAACACCUUGAGCAUCGGCUCCCUCAUCCCUGGAUCCAUCUACGCCUUCCAGAUACGAGCUCGGAAUGAGCGGGGUUACGGUCCUUACAGCAACACCAUCUAUUUCACCACUCUGCCUCUUGAGGAGCAUUCCCAGCAGGCGAGGAACCACCUACCUCUUCUGGUAGGAUCAGUGAUGGGAGGGGCGGCGUUUCUGCUGGUGGUGGCGGCCAUCGUGGUGGUGGUGGUGUUUCGCAGUAAAAGGAGGGAAAGCCCGUACAGUGACAGGCUGCAGAGGUACAUCAGUAACAGAGGUGGGGUGAAAUAUUAUGUAGACCCCUCCACAUACAAGGACCCCAGCGAGGCAGUUAAAGAGUUUGCCCGAGAGAUUGAUUCUACUCACUUAAAGAUCGAGGAGGUGAUCGGUGCAGCCCAGUUUGGGGAAGUAUCUCGAGGACGCUAUCGUCCACCAGGGCGCAGGGAGGUCUUAGUUGCAGUCAAGACUUUGCGCUGGGGGGCAUCCGACAGAGAGAAGGGCAUGUUCCUCAGUGAGGCGGGGGUCCUGGGACAGUUUGACCACCCAAACGUGCUGAAGCUAGAGGGCGUGGUGACCCGAGUACCCCCGCCAAGAAUCGUCACAGAGUUCAUGGAGAACGGGCCUUUGGAUUCCUUCCUCAGGGAAAAUGAGGGGCAGUUCAGCGUCCUCCAGCUGGUUGGGAUGCUCCGAGGCAUCGGCGCUGGCAUGCGUUAUCUCUCAGAGAGGAACUUUGUCCACCGGGACUUGGCGGCCAGGAAUGUACUUGUCAACUCCAACCUGGUGUGCAAGGUGUCCGACUUUGGGUUGUCCCGACUCAUGAGGAGCUUGGACCACAACAUGCCAACAUACACAGCCUCACUGGGAAGUAGGAUUCCAGUGAGGUGGACGGCACCAGAAGCCUUUCAACAUCGCAAGUUCAGCUCUGCAAGCGACGUGUGGAGCUUCGGCAUUCUGAUGUGGGAAGUUAUGUCUUAUGGAGAGCGUCCAUACUGGGACAUGAGUAAUCAGGAAGUCAUGAAGGCUGUAGCAGACCAAUAUCGCCUCCCGGCGCCCACCAGCUGCCCCUCAGCUCUCCACUCUCUGAUGCUUCAGUGUUGGCAGGCCGAGCGUGGGGAACGUCCAGGUUUCGAGUCCAUUCUGUCCUCCUUGGACAGACUCAUCAGGCAUCCCGUGUCUCUCAAAACUGACUUUGCCCGGAGCUGCUCACAGCCACUGCUCAGCCCCACCCCCACUGACUUUUCUUCAGUAGCCACAGUCGGUGAUUGGCUGAGAGCAUUGAGGAUGGAGCGAUACCAGGAUGAGUUUGACAGAGCACACCUGGACACACUUGACCGAGUCAGCCGCCUUGCCAUGGAAGACAUCCAGAAUCUUGGCGUGAACCUGCUGGGCCAUCAGAGGAAGAUCUUCAGUGCAGCCCAGCGGCUGAAAGCCCAUCUCAGUCAGGGUCAGGUGGAGGUCUAACGUCCGCAAACUGUACACACGCCCACUUCUGCUUGAGGCUGACAUUUCAAAGACAAAAUCAGCUGCUGGAAACUAUAAAGCAAGACUUGUGAUGAGACUGAGCACAACAUCACGGAGGACGAGAAUGAGGACUUGUUUCACACAAGAUUUCACUUUAUCGUCUCCUCCUCGCUUUUAUUUUCUUGACAAGGACAAUGAAUAUGUUUUUUGUUUGUUUCCAAUUUAUGGUCACUCCAUCCCCCACUGCCAUUCGCACCCCCGUCCAGACAUAUCCAUGAUGGCCUGACUCUCACGUUUACGUAUAGACGUCACACACGCUUCAUUUUGUUUCUAUUGCGAGUGUGUGACACGUGGACUAACACUUGAAUGGACCUCUCCCUUCAAGUGUUAGUCCGCGAGUCUGAGUAUGCGUGUGUGUGUUCCACGCCUUGAGCUGUUUACAUGUCUGAGAGGUCACUACUAUUUCAUAAAUGUGCAAAAUAAAUGGUUUUAUUUAAGACGUGAUUGGGAGUUGCCUGCCUUACACCACACAAAGAAUCACACAAGCAGCCAUUUUUUUGUUGCAUGCAUUAAAACACAUCCUGACUUGACGAGUGCUGAACACAAGCAAAUGUUUUUUCUUUCGGUCCGCCUUACGGCACCUCACGGCACCCCACAGCUAGAGCCGCCACUGGAUAUGAUCUAUUCAAUUAUACUAUACUUAUUUGGAACCAUUUUGGUGCUACACUUCACGAACACAAGAUCAGAAAGUCUGUUGACCCCCUCAGCUUGAAGUCGGAUAGACAAGAGGUAUAGAUUCCUUGAACUCAACUAGUUUCAAGUGUUGACCGCUAAUACGAAAUAACACAGACAUGUACAGUAUGUACAGCUGUAAAUGUGCUCCUGUGCUCGGGAAGCUGAGCUGGGGGUGGACAGUGACGUCAGGGGUUCAGAGUUGAGUUUUAGCUUGUGUUAGGGAUUAUGUCUGUUGUCAGAUUGUUGAAUCCUGCAAUAAAAAUGUGCUGCCUGUGUCUCACCCAACAUUACGGUAACAUUAGUGACACCUACUAAUCAGUGCACAAUACUACAUAUCACAACAUCUUCCAUUGCAUCUUCGGAAUGCCUUAUAUUUGUAUUUUACUUAAUUUAUUCAACCACAAAUCAGCAUUAUUUUUUUAUUAUUAUAUAUUUUGAUAAACUCAUGAAGCUGUGAAAUUCAAAGCGACUGUACUUGAUUUUAUUUUCAAAUGGCUUUGCCGAUCUGGGAUGUUCUGGGUUGAGAUUCCAUACAUCAGCACUUUUUGUAGUGGAAUCACAGUGUGGCAUCUGCUGGCCUGAGCAGAAGUCAGAGACAAGACUUUGCUCUGUCACAUGGUGGGACCAACACUACAGACCAUCCAACUUUAUGAAAAUAUCUUUAUCUUUUAUUAUUUACAGCAGCUUUGACAGGAAGGUGACACCUCACUUUAGGUAUUUUCCUUACAAGUUGAUUUACAAAGAGACUGCUGUAGUCUAAUUCUGUUUCAUUGAAAAUAUAUUCCAUGCAGAUUAGAUGAGUACCAAGUUAAACUGUGAUCAGUACCAGCUAACCGCCAGUAAAGUUAGUAGAAGGUCAGGACACAGCAUCCUGUGCUGCGUCUUGUGUUAUCUUUGCAGACAUCAUUGUGGGAGAACCAAAAGGCCAGGAUGAUCUCAGGCAUUUACGGUCAUUUACUCAUUGGAACACUAAACUUGUCAUUUUUCAGUCUUAAGAUGGUUCAGUUCCUGUAGUUCUGCUUGUUUUACCAUUUCAUCAGCGAACGCAUUCCCUAAAAAUAUCGGCUCUGUAUUAUUUGUAUGUGUCAUGCAUUUACAUACAGCAAUUUGUUUUGGUAAUUGUACUGCUUCUAGUAAUGCGGUUAACAAUCCUGCAUGAGUUACUGGUUUUUCCCGUUAAUGUUAUCAUACCUCAGGGAGUGGUGGAAGGGUAACUGGGUUGAGUGUGGUGAAUCGCGUGGUGAAUCACCCAAGUUUUUAGCAUGGUUGGGACAAAAGUGUUGCCAUGCAAGACAGAUGUCUAGCAAGAGACAAAAAUGUCAUGUUAGUCUGUAAUAGCAGGGUGGAAACCGCAUUAGGUACUUUCAGUAUGAGUGGAUGGAACAAUACAAUGUUUGCACUUGUUUCCACGGCUAUAGGCGCUGCUACAACAUACAGCCCGCACACAAUGUGGCAUGGCGCAUGUUACUGCAUCUAGCUUAGAAGAGUAGUACACUAUUGGUCGUUUCUUUGUACCAUAUUCUUGUAGUGACACUGAGGUCAUGUAAUGACCUUUCCAAUCUACUGUUUGUAUAAAUGUUUUGCUGUAAUCAGGGAGUGCUAGAAUCGUACUUCCUACCAGUACUCCUUUAUCCCUUUCACGCAUGAUGGUCACUGUAGUAGACAGCUAUUAAAACGUAAUUUUUAAUUAUAAGAAUAAGUUUUGAUGGCAGUGUUGCUUAUAAGCCUCUAAAGUGGACGCCUGAGAAUCCAGUCUGGGAUGUUCAAAGGCAAAUAUCUCUACUACUGGUUCAUCAUUUGGUUCUGAUUGUAUUAGUUUAGACACACCUAGUCAUGCUGAAUAUGGCUUUGGUCUUUUGGCCUUCUGAACUGGCCUUUGUCACAAUCACGGGAGAAGUGACCUUCCUCACCGCAAUUCCAGCAUCCAGUAGUGUUGGGAGGGUGUUGUAUAUUCUGUGUACCUGUUCCUUCCUCUACCUCUUUCUCUGAAUCUUCCUUGACUUUGGAAGAGCAUUUCUCUGUUUUCUGUAACAAAGGUGUCUAUUUUUUGCAUCUUAUUUUUGUUGCUUAACACCUUUCUGCAUGCUGCGCGUGUGUGAUAUAGUCUGCCAUAGUUGCUGUGGGCAUUCCGAUGAAAUGUUUAUCAACCCACCCUUUUAUGCCAGGAUUUUAAUUAGCAUGUAUCACGUUCUUCAACUGUUGUUGAUAUGGGCCUGUGGGUUCAUCAUCCUCAAUAAAGCCACUAUGUUGUUUGAAUACCGUAA